UUUUCUUUCUCCUCUUCCACUGUCUUUCUGUCUUUUUCUUUCUCUAAGUGGCCCCCACUGCAGCCCAGGAGCUAUCCAGUGCUGAACGUGUUUUCAUUUUUUCCCCCCUGAUUUUUUUUCUUCUUCCACGAAUGGGAGAGUGAGGGAGUGUAUGCAUGUGCGUGUGGUCUGUACAGUAGAGCACACACACACGCGCGCGCACACACACACACAUACACACACUCAGCAUUGCAUCGUCCAUCGUCUCUCUUCUUGCCUGCUCUCCAUUUUCUUAAUCUCCAUCCCUCAUUCUUUUAGUCCCUUUUUUUUUCUUGGAUUUUUUUACCUUUUCUUUAAGUUGAGCAGAUACACGGAUACACGAUUCAGCUUUCGCCGCAGCAUUGCUGUUUUUUGGCUCCAGGAAUCUUUUUCCCCCCCAUUUUUCCCCCUCUUCGACGUCCAUGCGUAGUGCUUCUAGUGCGUGUGAAUCAUGCCCCGCUCCUUUCUGGUGAAGAAGAUCAAGCUGGAUGAUUUCUCCUCGUCUCCUGUGGCGGCAUCUAACCAUCAUCAUCAUCAUCAUCACCAUCACCUGGAUGAGUCCUUUACUUUCACACGCUCCAUCACGGACUCUGUAACCAGUUUGGGUAUCCGGCUCAGUGAGAAUGGCUACAUCCAGGACUACAUCAGUCCAUCAGCAUAUCAGGGUGAGAAGAAGCUUAGCUCGGCUGUGUCUGAUCCACUCUAUGCUCCAGAAAACAGUGGAGGAGAGGAGUACUGUGAGCCGGACUUGGAGCAUCCUGACAGCCCUCAGUCCGGCCUGACGGCCCGUGGCUACUACAGUGGAGAAUCCGAAAGCCAGAGUGAUGGCUACACAGCAGAUGGUUUCUUCAUCUCAGAUGGACGUUCACGCAGGAGAGGCGAGUCCAAGGAGGCACGCAAAAGUGGCGCAGACGUGAAGGAGUCGGGUGCAAGACACACGUGCAACGAGUGCGGCAAGACGUAUGCCACGUCAUCCAACCUGAGCCGCCACAAGCAGACGCAUCGCAGCCUAGACAGCAAGAUGGCGCGCAAGUGUCCAACAUGUGGCAAGGUGUAUGUGUCUAUGCCAGCGCUGGCCAUGCAUGUGCUCACACACGACCUCAAGCACAAGUGCAAUGUGUGCAGCAAGGCGUUUAGCCGCCCAUGGCUGCUGCAAGGCCACAUGCGCUCACACACCGGUGAGAAGCCAUUCGCAUGUGCCCACUGUGGCAAGGCCUUCGCUGAUCGCUCCAACCUCCGCGCCCACAUGCAGACACACUCUGCCUUCAAGCACUACCGCUGCAAGCGCUGCCACAAGACCUUUGCUCUCAAGUCAUACCUGAACAAGCACUACGAGUCGGCCUGCUUCAAGGGAUCCGGAGAUGAGGAUGAGUCUGGCUCUGAGAACUGAGCACCACACAGUGAGAAAAUGGAUGAGAAAGGAAAAAAAUCUACAGUUAAUUAAUCCUUCACCAAGCCCUUGUACACACACACACACACACACACACACACACACACACACACACACACACACACACUGAAACAAAUGCGCCUUUUCCCCCUCCUUUUUUAGAAAGCAAUAUUUUCGCUGAGAUCACUUUGGAGAAGAAAAAGCAAAACAAUAAUGAGAAGACAAAAAAAUGAACUAAUGCUGGAUAUUUCUUCACUUUUAUUGCUAACUGUCCACAGAUACAUGACAACAUACUCCAAGUUUCUUCUUCUCUCUCUCUCUCUCUCUCUCUCUCUCUCUCUCUCUCACACACACACACACACACACACACACACACACACACACACACACAACUACACAAAAACAUACACACUUAUUAUGAGGCCUGGCAUGUGAAUUUUUAUCAAUGACUAUAAUAAUAAUAAUAAUAACAAUAAUAAUACAAAUAAUAACAACAAUGAUAGUAAUAAUAUUUAGAAUCCUGAUAUUUUAUAGCAAAUCAUAUGAAAACAAACAAAAAAAAAUACUAAGACAAAAAAAGGACAACAGUGUUCCUUCCUUUUUUAGAAACAAACAAAAAAUGACCUCAUGUAUUUUUAUGCUGCUUUUUUUGUUUUGCUAAGAGCUGAAUUCUUUUGCAACUGCCAACUUUUAUGACAAUGUCAAUAAUGACAGUAUUUGCAAAAAAAAAAAGGCCACUAAAAAGUUGAAAACUUUUUUCCACCAGUCUUUAGUAAUUUAAAUUCAACGGGUGUUAUUUUUCUAUUCCAGUCCCAAACUCCAGCAUUUUAUUUAUCUUUUUUUGUGCCAACCAACCCAAUAUUUCAUGGAGGUGUGAUCUUUGGAAAUGGGACUGUUUUAUGGACUCUUCAGAAUACAGUGUUUUUCUCACCACGUGCAGACAUUAAGGACUAAACAAGGAAGGUGUAACUUAGAGACACUUUCCGGUUUCAAACCUGUAGUUUUUGGUCCUGUUUAACAGGAUGCAAUAUUCCAUGAUACAAAUCAUUCUCACAAUUCACAGUGACUGGAAUGAGGACAUUUUAGAAGCAAUCUCAACCCACAAUGCAGGUCUUCCUCUGCCUUUUUGGCUCAAACUGACUUUUCAUGUGUUCCCUCUUCCUGGAAAUCCCCCCCCCCCCAUUCCAGUCUAGAUAUUACCUCACUAAGAGGCAGGUACGACCUCUCACCCAUCCAUUCCAGACUCCCUGUCCAUCCUUCACCCCUGUCAAAAGAGUGACCUCAUUUCUUACCAUGUCAGUAUUCUUUUAUAUAUUUAUUUAUGUAUUUAUUUAUUUAUUUAUUCAUAUACUAUUUAUACUUUUAUUUAAGUAUUUAUUUUUGUUCUUAUUUAUUGGUGUUAUUUAUUUAAUUUAUUCAUCUGUGUAUUUGGAAUACUAAAUACCGCCAUUGACCUUGUAAGAUGCUGCUCUUGAAAGAAAAAAUGUUUAUAUGCAUGAUGAAACUGUAGGAAAGAAAAAGUCCAUGUGGCUUUUAGCUUUUUCUGUCCUUUAUUUCUUUUAAAGAGGAACAAUGUACAGCAUUUGAGAAGUUAGAAAUGAUACUUUGUUUCACAGGCAAUAAUUCUUCCUUGGCACAGCAAUGGACUUGUAUAAUCAUAGCUGUCCUGUCUGCAGACCACUUAGGGCAAUAAAUGAACGAGCCUGAACACAAACCACAAAGUCAUCCUCCAUCUCGUUAUUGUCAUUUUUAUUUGAAAUAAAUUAGCUUUGAGUUGGGAAAAGCAUCCCUCAGUGAUGCUCGGGGCACACAUUGAACCCUGAUAAUAGUAAGACUUCGUUUAUUUCCAUAAACAUGACUCAUUUCAUCUCCAGUGGUAAAUAAAUCACAAUUAACAAGCCAUUUUGGUUUUUAAACUGACUAGUAGUGUCCAUAACAACAAAAAAUUGAUGUAGUUUAUUUUCUAACUUUAUCAGCCAUUGUAGCUAGGGAUAUUAUCGAACUAACAAGCACUAACUAACCGACGCUGUGUAAUCAUAUAUUUACACUGACAUUCAGUCAAAUAAUUUAAUUAUUUUCUGUGUCAUUCAUGACAAAUUAUCAGGAUAAUGAUACAAUAACCUAAUAGUAAUAAAAAUAAUUAGUAAAAUUCCGAUUACAUAAGAUUCCUGGCUUACAAAAGUCCAGAAAACUAACAUCACUGAAUAUUACAAUAUACUUUAAAAUACAUCCAUUAAUUAUUAACAUAAGGCUGCAAAUUAGACUGCUUUAAUUCGUUUAUUUCGUUUGUGUGGUUCAUCACAUUGCUCACUCUUGACUAGUGUCACAUAUCCUGAAUAGAUUUUUUUUUUUAAACAUGCCACAUUGCAAGUUUGAUAAUCGUAGACGAGAGCAAGUAAAUAACAUCGGACCUGAAGUUUUUGUAAAUGUCUGAGGCAAAGUGUCUCGGCCUGUAGUUAAACUCUGAUCUAAUGAGCUGGGAUCGGAUAUAUUGUUAUUAUACUAUUUAUUCAAGGACAUGCUUUAGGUCUGCAUCAACACAUUGGAUGAAUGCUUCACUGCCUUCCCUUAUAGAAAAGCCACGUAAUCUUCUCAAGUGAAUUUUUUUAUAGAUGCAUUUAAUGCACAAUGUGUAGAUUUGUAGACCGUAUGCUUUUCAUUUUCCACAUAUGAUUUUUCACUAAAUUUAUUUCAUUUGUCCCAUGUAGGCCAUCUGUUUAUUUUGUUUAUCUUGCCCAUGUUAUGACAUGUUGCUCUCAUAAUCCCAUUGUAUAUAAUUUAACAACAAUAUAAACCUUCAAAUAAUUCAACAAUCCUUAUGGAUAUGGUUAGGGAAAGUAUCAGAGCCAAUAUUUUUAGAUGUAAUGUUUGCAGUGCUGAUAACUAAAAAAACAAGGCUGCAACAAUGAUAUUUAAUAUCUAUAAUCACAGUGACGUUGACAUGUACAAGAUUAAAGGAUAAAUAGUCUCAGUUAUAGCUAGGUCAUUAUGAUCAUUUUUAGCGUACUGUAUGUCUCAUCAUUUACCCCAAUCAGCACCCUGCCUUUGAAGUCAGGCUGCUAAAAAACGAGCGAUGGAACAACAACAAUUAUCCAGAUUACCUACAUCUGUGGCACAUUUAGGCCUCACUUUUAUCUGCGCUACAUUUGGAAGAGGCAAAUCAGAACAGGUCUCUAAAUGAAGUGGGCCAAGGGAUGGAGAUUUUUGUCCAAAGGAUAGUGAUGCUAUAUUUAAUGGCUUCUCUUGCAGAAAGAGAGAGAGAGAGAGAGAGAGAGAGAGAGAGAGAGAGAGACCUGACAGGUCAGAGAAACCUGCAGGCUAAUAUUCGAGCAUUACAGUGCGGUCUGUACGUGCACCUAGCUUUCAGUGUGCUAAAAAUAAAACCUUUGUAGAAAGAAGGACACAUACACUGUCUCAUUAUGUCCUCCUUAUCAACGCUGAUGCCUCUGUGAUGUGAAGCGUAGCUUCUAGACAGGCGGCAUUUGACGUUGGGUCAGGAACGAGGUUCAAAACGAAUAUCUGUCACCGGUGACAGGGUGAAGUAAGCAGAACAGUAACGGCAGCACGGGUGGCGUGCAGCAGCAAAUGCAAUUCUGUUCAAACUCUGUGAUGUAGACAUAGAGUGUAGUAUUACAAGUGUGUGGUGUUGUUAUUCCUUUCUAGUAGUUCCAGAUUAGAGCUCAGUGAAUUGAAUGAUAGAGUCUUAAACAAGUCUUCACUGAAACCUCCUCUCCUUUUCAUUUAUUUCUCUCUGUAGUUUUAUAACUCAUAUCCUUUCACCGUAUUUUUUUCCUUCUUCGAGGCUGUCAUUCUCUUCUUCGCUCCCUCUCUCUCAGGGUGAACAGGUGCUAGUGGACAGGCGGGGAGACAGAGAGAGAGUAAUUGAGGCUGAGGCUGACCUUGACGAUGAAGGUCGAACCAGCAGCAGGCGAAUGCACUGUCAGCGCUUUGCAUAUUCUAAAUCGGACGACACAAUAUCCGUAAUAGUGCAAAACCCACAGGGAAUCAGAGAUGAGCUUCUCGGCCCAUCCCCUCGCCUCCCACCCUCUCUUCCUCAAUUCUCUCAACCCAUCCAUCCGCCCACGCAUCCAUGACCUCUCCCUUAACAAUUGACUUUCAUUGUCUUCAAAUCAGUGCGGUUCAAGUCUACAAGCGCAGCAACAGAGGCAGCAUGUAGACACUUUUCCUGCUCACAGCUUCUCAGCCCAGUUCAUUACCCACCAAUGCAUCAUGUCUGUGAAUGAGUCAUUAUUUUUCAUCUAUCGCUCAUUUUUCUUUUUUUUCUUCUUCUUCUUGCACACAAGCUUUCAAACCUAAAGCCUAAGAUUAAAAGCAAUGAUGAAACCCACUGAAUAAUGAAUUGUUUUAUUAUGCAAAGCCCUUAGUAACAGCCCUUAGCCUUUAUAAGGACAUUUGAAGAUUCAUGACUAGCUUUACCUCUCUAUUUUACUUAGCAAUCAAAUGUUAAACCAUUUUUAAUGUAUGUCAAGCAAUGCCAGUAUUAAAACGGGGAAUCCGGUCGACAUGUGGUCCAAAGGUCACAGUUCACUAUUAAGGACUAUCACCAGAGGACUACUAACAGAAUUUCAUGGGAAAGCAUUGUUCCUCUAUGAUGAACUUGUAAAUAUAUUUGUAAAUAUUUCACAGCAAUAAUAUGACACUGCAUGUGAAAAAAAACUGAUCUUUUUUUCUUUUUCUCUUUUCUUAGAUUUUUUUUUUGCAUUGUAUAAACUGGUACCAGUAAAAGCCUGGACAGAAAACACAAAAUCAGGGACACGCCUUCUUUAGCUAAUAUCUGCUGUCGGCUGCAUUGACCAGUUGUUGUCAACAUGGGAUCAUUUUCUGUAUUACGAGAUCUGUUGAUGUUCUCUCUUUUUUCAUUUUUUUUUCCCUUCUGUCUUUUGUCUAAGUGCCCAGCUUGGCUGCACAGUAAUGAAAAGUGCCAAAAAAAGUAUAAUUUCCAUAACAAAAGCCUUCGACUUAUGGCGGCCUUCUCACAAGUCUCCAUAUGGUCCUCAAGCUACAGAAUUUCGAUUUUCACUCUUCUUUCUUACUCUUACCCACACUCUUCUUUUUUUUUUUAAACAUCGGGAAAAAUGUUAAGCCAUGACUUAGAAUGAGUGCUUUUGAUUUUUUUCUUAUUUUUAUUUGUACCACUGCUAUUAGAAGUGGGAAUAAUACUGGUGAUGACUGAUAAUGACAAUAAU